AUGCUCGUCGUGGUCGUUUCAGGAGUUUCAGUUGAGAUGCUCGCCGUGGUCGUUCCAGGAGUUUCAGUUGAUGUGGUCGUGGUGGUCGUUCCUGGAUUCUGCGUUGAGAUGCUCGUCAUGGUCGUUCCAGGAGUUUCAGUUGAGAUGCUCGUCAUGGUCGUUCCAAGAGUUUCAGUUGAGAUGCUCGUCAUGGUCGUUCCAAGAGUUUCAGUUGAGAUGCUCGCCGUGGUCGUUCCAGGAGUUUCAGUUGAUGUGGUCGUGGUGGUCGUUUCAGGAGUUUCAGUUGAUGUGGUCGUCGUGGUCGUUCCUGGAUUCCCCGUUGAGAUGCUCGUCGUGGUCGUUCCAGGAGUUUCAGUUGAUGUGGUCGUGGUGGUCGUUCCUGGAUUCUGCGUUGAGAUGCUCGUCAUGGUCGUUCCUGGAUUCUCCGUUGAGAUGCUCGUCGUGGUCGUUUCAGGAGUUUCAGUUGAGAUGCUCGCCGUGGUCGUUCCAGGAGUUUCAGUUGAUGUGGUCGUGGUGGUCGUUCCUGGAUUCUGCGUUGAGAUGCUCGUCAUGGUCGUUCCAGGAGUUUCAGUUGAGAUGCUCGUCAUGGUCGUUCCAAGAGUUUCAGUUGAGAUGUUCGCCGUGGUCGUUCCAGGAGUUUCAGUUGAUGUGGUCGUAGUGGUCGUUCCUGGAUUCUGCGUUGAGAUGCUCGUCAUGGUCGUUCCAGGAGUUUCAGUUGAGAUGCUCGUCAUGGUCGUUCCAAGAGUUUCAGUUGAGAUGCUCGUCAUGGUCGUUCCAAGAGUUUCAGUUGAGAUGUUCGCCGUGGUCGUUCCAGGAGUUUCAGUUGAUGUGCUCGUCAUGGUCGUUCCAGGAGUUUCAGUUGAGAUGCUCGUCAUGGUCGUUCCAAGAGUUUCAGUUGAGAUGCUCGCCGUGGUCGUUCCAGGAGUUUCAGUUGAUGUGGUCGUGGUGGUCGUUUCAGGAGUUUCAGUUGAUGUGGUCGUCGUGGUCGUUCCUGGAUUCCCCGUUGAGAUGCUCGUCGUGGUCGUUCCAGGACUCCCCGUUGAAGUUGUUGAGGUUAUGGUUUCAGGAGUUUCCGUUGAUGUGGUCGUGGUCGUUCCUGGAUUCUCCGUUGAGAUGCUCGCCGUGGUCGUUCCAGGAGUUUCAGUUGAUGUGGUCGUGGUGGUCGUUUCAGGAGUUUCAGUUGAUGUGGUCGUCGUGGUCGUUCCUGGAUUCCCCGUUGAGAUGCUCGUCGUGGUCGUUCCAGGACUCCCCGUUGAAGUCGUUGAGGUUAUGGUUCCAGGAGUUGUCUUGUUAUCGUUAUGUCUAGUUCACGUGAUAGGGCAACGAAUUUUCCUCCCUUAUCACUGA